AGCUGGCGAGCGAAAGCAUUUGUUAGCACGCAAUUGUAUUAAAUGCACAACACAGCCAGAGCAAUGCAAACUCGCGAGGCAACAGUCACAGAAUAGCAAUGAAAUUAACUUCCAUUCAACUUGCAUUCACAAACGCUGCUGUCAGUAGCGUUGAGCGUAAAAGCACAGUUAAAUAUUGUUUCAACAGUGAAUUGUAUGCCUCGCAGUGCUGGCAGCAAACACUUACUGAGCAUGCGCAAUGCUUUUCUGGCGGUAGUUGUGGGAGUUAGUCGUUAGAGGGUGCUGUUAAAUGCACAGCAGCACAAGUGUGCACACAACCGGAUGGUUUAAAUGGGGAUUAAUGAAGAUGAAAGUAGCAGUCCUGCCCUCUUCAGUUGCUGGCAACUCCAGCUGUGUGAGGAUGCAUCUGUUUUUCACGUCUUUAUUCCCCAUCACCCUGCUGAUGGCGUCCCACCUGGUGAGCGCCACUGUGUCCAAGAGCUUCAAAGAGUGCAGCCAAUUCUUCUACAUGCAGACCCCGCCUGCAGGGAUCAGAGGAACAAGCCUCAAGUGGAUCUGCCAGAAAUAUGCAGACAAACUUCGCUACGCCACACUGUAUGACAGCAGUCGCCAUCUCCCCCUCUACUCGGCCUACAUCUUUAAGAAGUCUGACGGGAAGAGGAGGAUGGACACCCCCUGGAUGUAUGAGCCUCAGCUGCUUUCAAAUGAUGAGAGUAGUAACAUGAAGGCACUUCCCCUGAGUGAAAAGACUCCCCCUCUGAUCGAGGACAGCCAGCUUGUUUUAGAGGACUACACGGAUGCCGUAGGAUAUCGACGUGGCCCACUAAACCCUGACUUGCACCAAGCAGAACCAGAUGACAAAUCCUCCACUUACACCCUGACCAACAUAGUUCCACUGAUCACAGAUUUCCUGGAAACCUCUUGGAACCCAUACUUAGACAUCGUUCGCCGACGUCUCAACAAUUUCUGCCACGGCAAAUCUUUUGUAGUGACAGGGGUGACUGUUUCAGGGGCUGCCAUUCAGCGUAAUAACAGGGACCGUCUCAUCAUUCCAAAACACUUAUGGCUGGCCUACUGCUGUCCACAGUUUGAUCAUAACUCACCAUAUGAAGUGAGGUUUAUGUUCCCUAGCUACGGCGGCUAUGCACUGAAUGAACAGGCUGGAUUUAGUGUAGUCGAGGUACCUCUAAAGACUCUGGAGACAUUCUUAAGGAGCCAGACUGACAUAGACAGUGACAUGGCCAUAUUCUACAAGGGAUGUGUGGCAGAAAAUCCCUUAAAGAAGAAGAGAGACCUUACCAAUGUUUUAGUAUGAUGGAAUUUUCAUAGUUGAUCUUCUACAUGAAAAACAGUAUUUUGUCAAAAGGUAGCUUGCAGUUAGUAGCCAAGCUAGUGUUAGCUAACAUGAGCCAGCUCAGAGAAAACCUGAAUAAAAGGAAAACAUGUUUUCUAAAAAAUAUUCUUCAGCGUUUUUAACCACUUAAAAAAAUCAGACAAUUAUUUUGUUAAAGUUAAUGUUUAGCAAUUAAUGAAUCAAAUUAAAAGCCCAAACAACUACCCAGAGGUGUUUUAAGAAAGAUGACUUGGUUUUAGAAAAACUUUAUAAUUGACUUGAAGUCUGUCCUGCUUUCUCUGCUGUUUUUGUCCUACAGAUAGUGUUAGCUUACCCUACUUUUAUGGAGAAACUGGCAGCUCGCUGGCUAAUGCUAAUUUGCUUGCUUGCUAAGGUUUUCUAUUUUGAGUCCAUUUGUAUGCUAUACUUAGCUAAAGCUGGUCAGUGCUAUCUUUGGGAGCUGAGGAGAGGCAUUGUGACCAUAAUAGUCAUGUCCUUGUCUCACUCACAGGCUCUUAGAGGCAACACAGAAAUUAACAAACAGUAUAUUUUAAAGUCACAUUGCAGUCUGUUUCACACACUGGCAAUAAAAAAGGGUUUCAGACAUGAAAAAAAGUUGCAGACUUUUUAACAGGAUGCAGAGGAAUGCAGAAAUGUUGAAAUGCAUCUAUUGCAAAAACAGGACUAAGCCAAGUUUACAGUGUUGAGCAAUCCUGCUUCACAUGUUAUUGAAUAAAUUAAAGUAUAAUUCAGUUAGAAAGGAAUAGAGCCAUUGAAUUGUUACAAUUUAUUAAUCCUGCCUUUAUGGAAACAAAUUAUGAACCCAAUAUCAUCUUUAUUAAAUCCUUCCUGGGGUAAUUGGCAUAGCUGUUAAAAUUUCCUGCACUUAAACUGAAUACAUUCAAGCCAAAAUGACCUGACUUGUAAUUUGUCCACAUCUUUGUCUUUAUCCCACCUAUUGUUCUCCUCGACUCUAUUUGUAUUAUGAACUCUAAAGUGCUCAAUUUCAGAGUCCAGAUGUUCAAACCAAAUUUAAAACAUUGUGCUUAAAUAUUCUACCUCAUUUUUGAUCUAGGUGACGGAGAAGAAUUUGACUGUUACUGACCUGUGCUGUAUAUGGUAAUGCUGAAGAAAUAAAGCUCAAAUGUGCACUUAUUUAUAUAGUAAAAUACAAUUUUCAGAAAUUCCUCCAUGGAAAGAAAAUUAUAGCCAUAUAUAAGAACUGAGCAACCACGAGUAUCUUUAACUUAUAUUCUGUGUUUAUCCAAAAAUGUUUCAUUAUUUUGCAUUUCACAGGAUGACCAGCAGAUAGAAAACAGCAUGUCACAUAUUGCUGCUGGAAAAAAUGAGUGCUUCUAUGUCUGGAAAGUUGAAAAUAUGCAUUUGGUCACAAUCACGUAUUUGAUUUUGUUAUAUCUUCCUGAGAAGAACUUUGAACUUUUUUGUGAUUUCCUUCCUCUUUGGAGCUAAAAGGGGCCGCCCAAACACAUGAGAUAUCAAUGGAAAGCCCAGUAUUUCCUCUAUUUAGUACAUCAGGACAAGCUCAAAUGAGUCAAAAGCUAUAGACCAAAAACAAAUGUCCAUUACAGAGGACACAAAUAAGCUGGUUUUAAUGAUAUCUCAGGAUAUGCCUCUUUUGUGGCACAAUCAUUCUGUAUUUUAUUUAUAAUGUAUUUUAUUCUGUA